AUGGGCCACUUCCAGGCGCGAAAUCCCACUCAAAUCCUUCUCCACGUUGAUGGUGGUGGUGGCACCGGCAAGUCGUUCCUUAUCAAGGUGCUUUCCUCCCAUCUUCAGGCGGCCGCUCUACCGAAUCCUAGCCCUAUUUGCCGCGUAGCGCCAACAGGCGUUGCGAGUAACCAGAUACAGGGCAGCACCAUUCAUUCAUUGCUACGCCUCCCAGUAGGUGGUGCUUUUACCGACCUUCCCCCAGCCGACGCAGCCGCCCUUCAGUCCCGCCUACGGCACGUCAAAUACCUCGUGAUCGAUGAAAAGAGCAUGCUGGGGAUUGAGCAGCUCGCGCGGAUCGAUUCCCGUCUGCGACAGGCCUUUCCACAGCGUAGCCUCGAGUUCUUUGGUGGUCGCCAGGCUGGUGAUGAUCAGGCUCAGUUCCGUCGGGCGUUGCAGGAACUGCGUGAAGUCAAGUUAUCCAUACCGUCCUGGAACCUCCUUAGCAGUCGGGUACAGUCCAGGCUAACGCAGAGCGAGGUUGACAGCUUCAGGGCCGCUUUGCGGGUGUAUUCUACCAGGGCCCGGGUCAACGAAUACAAUUACGAGCAUAUGGUGCAUCUCAACGCCCCGGCAAUACAGGUGGAGGCAAAGAAUCAGGGCAAGGGCGCGGGGCAGGCACCAAGCGACAAUGCUGGCAAUCUAUCUAACAAGUUCCCUGUUGCUAAGGGCGCCAGGGUAAUGCUCACUACUAACCUAUGGCAGCCAGCUGGCCUAGUUAACGGUGCCCAGGGUACUGUAUACGAUAUCGCCUGGAACCCAGGCGCCGAACCAUGGAAGAUCCCCGGCCGUUAUUAUGGUGGACUUUGA